CCGCGCGCGCGGCGCGACUAGUCCGCUCCGCACUCUCGCAUCAAUCGCUCGUGUUUAGUGGUGUCAGUUUGUGCCGUGCUUCCUUGCUUGCUAAACAGUUAGCCGCCAGGUCGUCGACCGCGCUAGCAUGAGCGCGAGCUCGCCGUCUGCCCUCAAACAGCUUUGACCAAAACCCACCAGGCCAUGCGGGGGUGGUGCGCGCGGUGGAGCGGGUCGGGGCGCGCGCGGCUUCGGUGGCUGGCAGCGCUGGUGUGCUGGGGCGCGCUAGCGGCGCUGGCUUUGCCGCGGCUUCAGCCCGCGCCGCCGCGCGCGCACCCCGCGCCCCCCGCGCGCCUGCUGCUGCAGUCCGAGGCAGCCAGCACGCCCGCGCCCGUGCCCUCCACGCCUCCGGCUGCGCCGCGACUCGCCACCGACACGCGCGUGCUCACCGAGGACGAGCUGCGUGCCGACGCCGAGCGUCGCCUGCCCUCGCUGCCGCUAGCCUACUGGCACAAGCAUCGAAAUGACAAGAACAAGUUCUACAAGAAGAAGGAUUGUGCGCCCUUCCCCUCUAUAUAUGACCUCGAAUUCCACAAUACAUACUGGCAAACGCUUCGCGUCAAGUCCGACGUAUUUCACUUUUACGGCGCCUACAUGGACGCGCGUAACACGUCUCGCAUCGGGCCUGCUGUGCGCGUGCUCGCCGUGCACGAUCGUAUCAAGCCAACGAUGACGACGCACUGCCAGCUGUGGUUCGAGGAACGCGAGGCGCCCGUGGUUGUGCGUAAUCUCGAGUACAAGUAUGUGUGGAACAGCAAGUGGGGCAACUACAGGGACGGUGUGCUGCAGCCAUAUCUGCUGGCGUGCGUGCUUCCGGCCGAGGUGCGCCACCUGGUGCCCGCCUCCGUGUCCAUCGUAGUCGAUCCUUGUGAUCGUGCCACGAAUAACCUGCGCGUUCAUUAUGAUCGUCCCAAACCACCGCUCGCUCAAAAGGAAUUCGCCGUGUGCGUUAAGGGGCUAGACUUUCUACACGAGGACCUGUCGGUUCGUCUGGUGGAAUGGAUCGAGUUAAUACGGCUUAUGGGUGCGGACAAAAUAUUCUUUUACGAACUUCAGGUGCACCCGAACAUUACGAAGGUGUUGAACUAUUACAAUGAACUCGGUGUAACUGAAGUGACACCUAUAACUCUGCCCGGGGGCCAACCGAACCUUCCUGGCCUGCAACAUAUGUAUCUAAAAAAGAAAACGACCCACAAACGACAAAUGGAGCUGAUCCCGUACAACGACUGCUUAUAUCGUCAUAUGUAUCAGUAUCGGUGGCUGGCGCUGCUCGACAUAGACGAAGUGAUCGUACCGCUGGAGGACCCCGAUUGGAGCUCGCUCAUGAAGCGCGUACUUCCACUCUCCCAGCCGGCACCGGGUAAGCCGCCGCGCUCCUCCUACCACGCCUCCAACCUCUACUAUCUUGACUCACUGCGGCACGAGCACGGCUGGGAGGAGGGGGUGCCGCGAUAUUUACACAUGCUGCAACACGUGUACCGAACGCGCAACUUCACCAAGCCCGGCCAGUACGUGAAGGCGUUCCACGAGACGGAACGCGUGCUGGCGCUGCACAACCACUUCCCGCUGGCGUGUCUCGGCGGGGCGUGCUCGUCGUACGCACUGGAGACGCGGCACGCGCGGCUGCAGCACUACCGCGCGGACUGCGUCACGGCGCUGAGCAAGUCGUGCGCGGAGCUGCGCGCGCAGCCCGUGCGCGACACGGCGCUGUGGCGCUGGCGCGGCGCGCUGGUGGCGGCCGCCGACGCCGCGCUCACGGCGCUCGCCUUCCUGCCGCCGCACCGGUGACCGCCUCAUACGCUUAGUCUUAUAACCUAUUCAAUGCUAGUAUUAAACGUAUUUUUAUAGUU